AGGGGCGAGCUGGGCUGAGCUUAGCUCGGUUCGACCCACAGGGCUUCAAAAAAUAUUCCUUCCCCGACCCACAGCGCUCUCCCUCCCUCUCCCGACCUAGCCGCUAGAAGGGCAGCUCGUCGGCCCCUCCCCGCCGUCCCGUCGGCCCCUCCUGCCUGUCGGCCGCCCCCUCGCAGUUCGAGCUCGUCGGCCCGCCGUCCCCCAGCAGAGAUGGAUGUUGAGGUGCAGGAGAUCCCAAAUGUCGGUGUUGUUCCGAAGAAAGCCCCCAAGGUCAUGAACUGGACUCCGCCUAUGUCGGCGAUGAUGUUGAAAGGGCUUUCAGAGGUGGCGGCUAGAGGUGCCAAGACUGACAAAGGUUUCAAAGAGGUUGCAAAAUUGAAAGUUGCAAAGUGCAUAUCUUCACUAGUUGGUUAUGACGUGUCUAUUGCCAAUGUGCACAAUCAUAUUCGCAAAUGGAGGAAUAGGUGGACAAGGACUGUUUAUUUGAAGGGUUUAAGUGGGGCUCUUUGGGAUGAUGAGAAGAAGAUGGUAUUGCUAGAAGAACAACACUAUUUGGGCCACACUCUGUUGAGUACUUCUGUUCAAAUGGUUCAAAUGGUGUCGCAAGAUCAUCCAACUGAUGCUGAAUUGAUCAAUUCCCCACUUGAGUAUUACAAUUAUAUGGAACUGUGCUUUGCUAAUAAGCAUGCCACCGGGAUUUAUUCAAUGGGAACCAGUGUGCCACUGAGAACGCCUAUUGUUGUGGAAGACAAGGAUAAACCCAAUGUUAGGGAGGGGCAAGGAAUAACUGAUGAGGUAUUGCAAGAUCUUCCUGGGUCUAACUUUGCACUUCGUAAUGCUAGUGCCACUCAGGACCCUUCACCCAUUUCAAAUAAAAAGAGAAAGAGGUCAUCUGGUUUGACUAAGGAGGACUCACUCCAGUGUAGCAACAUGACUAAUGCUAUGCGUGAGAUUGCAAGUGCUAUCAACAACACUUGCCAUGCUGAAACACACCCUGACUUGUACAAGGCCAUCAUGGACCUUACUAUGUUUGAUCAAAAUGAGCGCUUGGCUAUUUUAGAUUACCUCACAGAACAUAAGGCAAAAGGCCUUUACUUUAUGAAGAUGGAUGAGGAGGUACGUCAAGCAUCGUUCAAGCAUAUCUUGAAAGAAAAUCCCGAUCUUCUUUGAGUUGAUGUUAGUUGAUGCUUGUUGAAACUACCCCUUUUGGUUAUGAUUAUUAUGUCUUAUG